CAGAGCCUGUGGCGCUGCAGACACAAACAGUCGGUAACAGACAACCCUGUUGUAACAAACCAUGCUUUAAAAUGUAAACCACGGUGAAUUUUCCUCAAUUGUCCAGAAGCAACCUUCGCUCUGAGCCUGGAUUAACCAUGAGAGAGCUCAUCAACAUUCCACUGUUACAGAUUCUCACCCUGGUUGCCUUCAGUGGGACUGAGAAACUUCCAAAAGCUCCCGUCAUCACCACACCUCUUGAAACUGUAGAUGCCUUAGUGGAAGAAGUAGCAACUUUCAUGUGUGCCGUGGAAUCCUACCCUCAGCCCGAGAUUUCUUGGACCAGAAAUAAAAUCCUCAUUAAGCUGUUUGACACCCGCUAUAGCAUCCGGGAGAAUGGUCAGCUCCUCACCAUCCUGAGUGUGGAAGACAGUGAUGAUGGCAUCUAUUGCUGCAUAGCCAACAAUGGCGUGGGAGGAGCCGUGGAGAGUUGUGGAGCUCUACAAGUGAAGAUGAAACCUAAAAUAACUCGCCCUCCCAUUAAUGUAAAAAUAAUCGAGGGACUGAAAGCAGUAUUACCAUGCACAACAAUGGGCAACCCCAAGCCAUCCGUCUCCUGGAUCAAGGGGGACAGUGCUCUCAGGGAAAAUUCCCGCAUUGCAGUUCUGGAAUCGGGGAGUCUAAGGAUCCAUAAUGUGCAAAAGGAAGAUGCAGGACAGUACCGAUGUGUGGCCAAGAACAGCCUGGGCACAGCUUAUUCCAAACUUGUGAAGUUGGAAGUUGAGGAAGACAGUGAACCUGAGCAGGACACUAAAGUUUUUGCAAGAAUCCUGCGUGCUCCUGAGUCCCACAAUGUCACCUUUGGUUCCUUUGUAACCCUACGCUGCACAGCAAUAGGCAUCCCUGUCCCCACCAUCAGCUGGAUUGAAAACGGAAAUGCUGUUUCCUCAGGAUCCAUUCAAGAGAGUGUGAAAGACCGGGUGAUUGACUCAAGACUCCAGCUCUUUAUCACCAAGCCGGGACUCUACACGUGCAUCGCCACCAAUAAACACGGGGAGAAAUUCAGUACGGCCAAGGCUGCAGCCACUGUCAGCAUAGUAGGUAGACCUUUCUGGAUUCCCAAAGAAACUACCUUCUAACUCUGGAGUGUUUGGAGUACAUCCCAGAGAGACAGCAAAGGCUACUGCGCCCAGUACCGAGGGGACGUGUGCGGUCCCGUUCUGGCCAAAGACGCGCUUGUCUUUUUCAACACCUCCUACUCGGACCCCGAGGAGGCCCAAGAGCUGCUGAUCCACACGGCGUGGAGUGAACUGAAGGCGGUGAGCCCACGGUGCCGGCCCGCCGCCGAGGCUUUGCUGUGCCAGCACCUCUUCCAGGAGUGCGGCCCUGGAGCCGUGCCCACUCCCAUGCCCGUCUGCAGAGAGCACUGCUUGGCAGUAAAGGAGCUUUUCUGUGCACAAGAAUGGCUGGCGAUGGAAGGAAAGACCCACCGAGGACUCUACAGCUCGGGGAUGCACCUCCUCCCGGUGCCAGACUGCAGCAAGCUUCCCAGCAUGCACCGGGACCCCAUGGCCUGCACAAGACUGCCAUAUUUAGAUUAUAAAAAGGAAAACAUAACAACAUUCCCACCAAUCACGUCCUCCAAGCCAAGUGUGGACAUUCCAAACCUGCCUUCCUCCACCUCGUCCUUCGCCGUCUCUCCCGCAUACUCCAUGACGGUCAUCAUCUCCAUCAUGUCCAGCUUUGCCCUCUUUGCUCUUCUUACCAUCAUGACUCUUUACUGCUGCCGAAGAAGGAAAGAGUGGAAAAAUAAGAAAAGAGAGUCAACAGCGGUGACCCUCACUACACUGCCUUCCGAGCUCUUACUGGACAGACUCCAUCCCAACCCCAUGUACCAGAGGAUGCCGCUCCUUCUGAAUCCCAAGUUGCUCAGCCUGGAGUAUCCCAGGAAUAACAUUGAGUAUGUCAGAGACAUCGGAGAGGGAGCAUUUGGAAGGGUCUUUCAAGCAAGGGCUCCUGGCUUACUGCCUUACGAACCUUUCACUAUGGUGGCCGUGAAGAUGCUUAAGGAGGAGGCCUCCGCGGACAUGCAAGCAGACUUUCAGAGGGAGGCAGCCCUCAUGGCCGAGUUUGACAACCCCAACAUCGUGAAGCUCUUAGGUGUAUGUGCAGUAGGAAAGCCCAUGUGCCUGCUCUUUGAAUACAUGGCCUACGGUGACCUCAAUGAGUUCCUCCGAAGCAUGUCCCCUCACACCAUGUGCAGCCUCAGCCACAGCGACCUGUCCACGAAGGCUCGGAUGUCCAGUCCCGGUCCUCCACCCCUGUCCUGUGCGGAACAGCUCUGCAUUGCCAGGCAAGUGGCAGCCGGCAUGGCCUACCUGUCAGAGCGCAAGUUUGUCCACCGGGACUUAGCCACCAGGAACUGCCUGGUUGGGGAGAACAUGGUGGUGAAAAUUGCAGACUUUGGCCUCUCCAGGAACAUCUACUCCGCAGAUUACUACAAAGCUAAUGAAAACGACGCCAUCCCUAUCCGUUGGAUGCCACCCGAGUCCAUCUUCUACAACCGCUACACCACGGAGUCGGAUGUGUGGGCCUAUGGUGUGGUCCUCUGGGAGAUCUUCUCCUACGGCCUGCAGCCCUACUAUGGCAUGGCCCAUGAGGAGGUCAUUUACUAUGUGAGAGAUGGCAACAUCCUCUCCUGCCCUGACAACUGCCCCUUGGAACUGUACAACCUCAUGCGCCUGUGUUGGAGCAAGCUGCCAUCCGACAGACCCAGCUUCUGCAGUAUCCACCGGAUCCUGCAGCGCAUGUGCGAGAGAGCAGAGGGAACGGUGGGAGUCUAGAGUUGACUGUGCUCAAACAACACCCAGUAGGCUCUUUUCAGACUGUGAGCUGAAGGAUUUCAGACCGUGAGCUGGAGGAUUCCUACGGCAGAGGUCGGGUAGGAACGGACAGGAAAGAGUUUAAUGUAGAUAUCACGAACCAGCUGCUUGUUUGCCACAAGAAACAGAUCGUGAAAAACCCGCAGUGUAGAAGAGUCUCAUUGAAAUAGGAGGUUGGAGACACGAGCUAGGAGAAGAAGGAUGAUUGCAGGUAGCUCUUUUCUCUCGCAGGGCAGUUCCUAAUACAUAUUGUAUAAUGA